AUGAGCAACCGUGCAGUAGCCGUAUUGCGAGGUGAUCCCGGUGUGACGGGGACGGUGUGGUUCAGCCAGGACAAGGAAUCUGACCAAUGCGUGAUCAAAGGCGAAAUCAAAGGUCUGACUCCCGGUCUUCAUGGAUUCCAUGUCCAUCAGUACGGCGACUCCACUAAUGGUUGUACUUCUGCUGGGCCACAUUUCAAUCCUUUCAACAAAACUCAUGGAGGACCUAAGGUACGAAUUUGUUGGAUUCCGUCUGGUUUAGGCAAAGGAGUGGGCGAAAACAAAGAGGAAUCUAUGAAGACAGGAAAUGCUGGCGCCCGCGUCGCUUGCGGAGUCAUUGCUACAGCCGCACCCCAGUGA